AUGGAUGAACGAAUCAGAGCACGUGGGGACAUCCUGCUGGACUGCUGCUAUGGGAAGGUUGUGGAUAGCAGUUUGUGCGUAUAUGGUGUUCAAGAACUACCUGUCGUUGAUGCUAGUGUAAUACCUUUGCCUAUCGCGGCUCAUUAUCAGGCUUGUACUUGUGCUCUUUCCGAACAGGCAGCUGAUAUAACUGGAGCCAGCGUGUGA